CUCUUGGCAUGUGUAGCCAACAGUCCUGCGAUGCAGAAGAUGCACAGCUCACUGCCUUUCCCUCCGCUUCUGACAAAUGACCAAAAAACGACCAGCCCUUUCGAAUUUGUCUGCUGCGAUGGACCGCGGCAUAUCAACCGCACCCCACCAUGAACCCCGCAUCCAACCCCCGCCGCGCCGUCGCGCUGCCACACUACUGCAACCCCAACAUGCAGAGUUCUUCGCCUGGUCCUUGGAAGCGGUCACGCUGCAAAUGGUCAGCUGGGUGCUGCACAGCGGCGCCGCAUGCACCUACACUGGUGCACGCGCCGCGGCUGCUGCCCAUCCACCCCGCCUGUGAAGCUCAGUAAGGCGCUGUACGGCGCCGCGGCGUCGCUCAUUGGUAUUGUUGCGUACACCUGCAUCGUCGAUGUGUCGUACCUUGCUUGGCCAAGUGCUCACCUGGACAGAAAGAACAAGGCAGGUCAUCCUGGUGACGCUCAUCCCCCUCCGUUGCCGCAGCACUCGACGCCGUCUGCAGUGCUUGACAACAGCAAGAAUCUCCGUGUGCACUCCGACCGCGCGAGAGAGGCCAACCGCAAGUCCGUCAUGAGCACGUCUGCAGCGGCGCCGGUGCCUGCCAACACGAGCAUGACACACGACCCUCAUGCUAGGGACCACAUACAGCACCUGGUGGUCUAGAACACGCAGUACACCUCGCGCUUAGCGCCGUCGCUUACG